AUAAGCAGCCCAGAUGUCACGACUUUCUGUGGGGAUCUCACGGAAUUUCUCCAAUCUCCAUUAUUAAUAUUCCCGUCCUCAUAUUUGGUUCUCCCUCCCUCCUCCACCAGCCGCAUUCCGUUUAGCCAUAUCGCCAUCGCAGUCCUCCGCUAAACACAUCGGGCCCAAGAUGAGCAAAAUCCUCCGGCCGCGGCCCGUUUUCGCAGGCCUCAAUGCCAGACCCUUGCUAUCCACGGUGAAUGAAGAUUGGGGGUCCACUCUCCCAUGAUUGUUCUGGGCGAUGAAGAUUAUUAUUAACUAUAUAUUUCUUCUUCGGCCGUUGGCGAUCUCUAUUGCGAUAUAUUUCUGUGAGCGGAGCUCUAACAUGAUGUGAAUGAAGAGCGCUUCGUCGUAUUUAAUCUAUCCUUCCUCCUCAUCGCCACGAGAUCCUUAUCAUAGACCCCUCCAACCACUCAGCCAUGGCUUCGCAACCCUCAUCCCGCACGCCUCUCUCCUCGAUUCUCCCUCCCCUCAUCUUCGGAACCGCUACCUUCAACACCCAGUACAAUAAGGACCCCUAUGCGCUCGACACGAAAGGCCUCGUCAAGGAAGCCCUUGAUCACGGCGUCCGCGCCUUCGAUACCUCGCCUUACUACGGUCCCGCGGAGAUCCUCCUCGGCGCCGCGCUCGACGUGCCCGAUAUCCGCGCGCGAUAUGCUCGACGUGAAUACUUCAUCCUGACGAAAGUUGGGAGGAUCGCGGCGGAGGAAUUCGACUACAGCCCUGAGUGGGUACGAUCGUCGGUGGAUCGAUCAUUGGAGAGGCUGAAGACCGAUUACCUAGACGUGGUAUAUUGCCAUGAUGUCGAGUUCGUUAGCGAGGAGGAGGUGCUAGGGGCGGUGAAAGAGUUGCGCCGAUUAAGAGAUGAGGAGAGGAAGGUCAAAUAUAUCGGGAUCUCGGGGUAUCCGGUCGAUGUCCUUUGCUCCCUGGCCGCGAGGGUCCUCCGCGAAACGGGAGAACCACUUGAUGCGGUCAUGUCAUAUGCGAACUUCACCCUACAAAACACAUUGCUCGAAACCCAAGCCAUCCCUCUGUUGAAGCAAGCGGGCGUCGACGUCGUUCCGAACGCCAGCAUGCUUGGUAUGGGUUUAUUGCGACACGACGGCCAGCCGGAAGGCGCCCAGGGCGACUGGCACCCGUCCCCGCUCGGCCUUCGGCGGGCCGUGCAAGAUGCCAGCGACUUCUGCGAUCGACACGACGAGCGGAUCGAGGUCAUUGCGAUCCGAUACGCACUCGAGAGCUACGUGACCGUCGGAUCGAUCGUCGGGUCCAGCGGCGACCCCGCGUCGGGCGUUCCGUGGAAGGAGGAAAGCAUCGACGAUGUCGGCGGCGGGAAGUUGGGGGUCUCGGUCAUGGGCGUGAGCAAUUCAGCGGAGUUGAAGAAGACGAUGCAGGUGUGGCGAAGUAUCCUGGACGGGCUAGAAGGCGGCGAAGCGACGGCGAUGGCGGCAGGACGAUGGCGACGCGAUCACGAAUGGAGCCUCAAUCGCAAGAAAGCCGUGCAGAUCUUGGCGGACGGCGUAAAGGAGGUGAUGGAUAAGUGGCUCGACUUCACGUGGGAGAGUCCACAUAGGGAUUACGUGAAUGUCCGGGGGAAAACGACUGAGCAGGUAUACGAGGCGAAGGAGAAGUUGAGAGCGUCGGCGUUGAAACAGGUCACGGUAGCGGCCAUGUGGCCGACUCCAGCAGCGAGCCCCGAACCAGUGUCGGAGGAUCGAAGGUUUCCCUUCCGAUGAUGGCGAAUGUCGACGGUUUCAUGAUUUAUAAUGCGUUAAUACAGAGGAAUGGGACCUCAUGAAUGUCACGACGUAGCACACCGAAGGAUGCCUUGGGCAUGUGCUAAAGAGCGAGGAUUCGAAACCCUGUCGGAUCCUUUUCAGUUUGCGUACCUCGACUUUGUUUUCUUCCCCUUUUCCAAAUUCCAAUGCGUUCUACACGCCAUAAAUACCUAAGCAUAUC